AUGGGGUUAGAUGGUAUUUCAGGAGGUUUGUUCAUUAGGAAUCGAGUGCGAGAAUUUAUUGUUUCAAUAGCGAGUAACUCCUCGUCAAAAACAUGCCCUAAAGUGCUCACGAACUUCUACUACGCAGUAAAAAUUCUUGAGCACUUAAAAUGUCUUCAAGAAAGCUUCAACGCCGCUAUAAAUCAGCCAGAUUAUCCUAACUUUGAAGUUGGAAUUCCAUUACCUUUUGCUCUUAAGUCUUUUGGAAAAAGUUCAUAUCCAAAGCAGUACUUGGAAAAUAUACUUCUUUUUCAUAUUAAAAAAGGAAAGGAAUCAUUAUUCUUUUUAAGUAAAAAUAUGGCAAAUACAGAAUGA